GCAGCGGCGUGGGGCUGGCGCGGGCGCACUUCGAGAAGCAGCCGCCUUCCAACCUCCGCAAGUCCAAUUUCUUCCACUUCGUGCUGGCGCUCUACGACCGGCAGGGCCAGCCGGUGGAAAUCGAGAGGACGGCGUUCGUGGACUUUGUGGAGAAAGAGAAAGAGCCAAACAACGAGAAAACCAACAACGGCAUCCACUAUAAACUGCAGUUGUUGUACAGCAAUGGAGUCCGGACGGAGCAGGACCUCUAUGUCCGCCUGAUAGAUUCCAUGACCAAGCAGGCCAUCGUCUACGAGGGCCAGGACAAGAACCCGGAGAUGUGCCGCGUCCUACUGACCCACGAGAUCAUGUGCAGUCGGUGCUGUGACAAGAAAAGUUGUGGCAAUAGAAACGAGACACCUUCAGACCCUGUAAUCAUCGACAGAUUCUUUCUAAAGUUUUUCCUCAAGUGUAAUCAGAACUGUUUGAAGAAUGCAGGCAACCCUCGGGAUAUGCGGAGAUUCCAGGUGGUGGUAUCCACGACCGUCAACGUGGACGGCCACGUGCUGGCCGUGUCCGACAACAUGUUUGUGCACAACAACUCCAAGCACGGGCGCCGCGCCCGCCGCCUGGACCCGUCAGAAGCCACUCCGUGCAUCAAAGCCAUCAGCCCCAGUGAAGGCUGGACAACAGGGGGUGCCACCGUGAUCAUAAUUGGAGACAACUUCUUUGAUGGGCUUCAAGUUGUGUUUGGGACUAUGCUGGUGUGGAGUGAGCUGAUCACGCCGCACGCCAUCCGUGUCCAGACCCCCCCACGGCACAUCCCUGGAGUCGUCGAGGUCACUCUGUCCUACAAGUCCAAGCAGUUCUGCAAGGGCGCUCCUGGGCGCUUUGUCUACACUGCCCUUAACGAACCGACCAUAGACUAUGGCUUCCAGAGGUUGCAGAAGGUGAUCCCCAGACACCCCGGUGAUCCGGAAAGGUUACCCAAGGAAGUAUUACUUAAGAGGGCGGCGGACCUGGUGGAAGCCUUAUAUGGGAUGCCCCACAACAACCAGGAGAUCAUUCUGAAGCGAGCGGCCGACAUCGCAGAAGCCUUGUACAGCGUCCCCCGUAACCACAACCAGAUCCCUACCCUGGGCAACACCCCUGCCCAUACCGGCAUGAUGGGCGUGAACUCCUUCAGCAGCCAGCUAGCUGUCAAUGUCUCUGAGACAUCACAAGCCAAUGACCAAGUCGGCUACAGUCGCAAUACAAGCAGCGUGUCCCCGCGAGGAUACGUCCCCAGCAGUACUCCCCAGCAGUCCAAUUACAACACAGUGAGCACUAGCAUGAAUGGAUAUGGAAGUGGCAGCAUGGCCAAUCUAGGGGUCCCUGGCUCGCCUGGAUUUCUUAAUGGCUCCUCCGCUAACUCUCCUUACGGCAUGAAACAAAAGAGCGCCUUCGCGCCCGUGGUCCGGCCCCAAGCCUCUCCUCCUCCGUCCUGCACCAGCGCCAACGGAAACGGACUCCAAGCUAUGUCUGGGCUGGUAGUCCCGCCAAUGUGAGGCCACUUUUGUUUACCUGCCGUACACCAAGCACCUGAGGACGAGUGUUGGGGACACAUUUAGCAAAUUAAGAUGUGCUGAUGACAGCAGUACCUUCUGAAGACAUCAGCUGGAUGGAGAUGCCACAAGAGACUUUGUUUAAAGAUUUUAUUUAAACUGUUACCCACCUGCAGACAACCCACGUCUUCAUGAACAAUUCCAUUUUAUUGACUGAACUUUUCUCAUAUUUUCACACUUCUCAGUCCCGAAGAAUAAGGAAAAACAAAGCGAUGCCUAUUUUGUAUAAAGUUUCUGACUCCGUCUUGGCUGUGUCUAGUACCUUGGUAUGUGUUGGGAGAAACUUUGUGAGUGCACCCUUUUGGUUCUCAUGAGACACUGCUCAAAGCCUCCAAGCAUCUCUCUGUACUCAUACUUACAUUCACAAUGGUUGUGUAUCUCUAUAAUGUGAAAUAUUUUUUUGUGGUGAAAAAAAGGGGGCCAAGGAGGUAUCACCCAUCGGACUGGAAAAAAAAAGGAUGGCUAUAUGACUAGGAGAAUCUGGGGUUUCAGGGAGGGAGGGAGGGUUUACCAUUGCUAAACUUCAUCUUAAUGAAAUGAGACUUUGUAACUUAUUGUAGUUAGAAAUUGUAACUUUGAUAUUGAAUUCUCUUGCCUUCAACAAGCACACUGACAGGAAAAACAAUGCUACUGUCUGUUGGUUACAAUAUUCUCCCACUGCUAGAGCUUCCUGUUAAGCAAAUGUGACCUGCAACAUUUCUUCAACUUUUGCUAGCACUGUAUACUAUUGCAUUCUUAGAUUACUGUGAGGUCUACGUUUCUUGUACCAGAAAUUGUCCUUUUGACUUCUAGAUCCUUCUUCCCCUGAUGUGUUUUGUAUGUGGUUAUAAAAUUGUAGACUUUUGUGAUUUUGCCAAAGUUGUAGCUAAAUAUUUAUACACUUGUCUUGAAUUUUUUUCAGAUCCACUUAAAUAUUUAGAAGAGCAAGUUUUAUUCCUUAUGUGUCUUGUAAGGGAUAAGAUGGUCUCCCUGACUUCCCAUGAACACUUGCAGUUGAUAAGGAACUUUAUUUUGUAACAUAUCAAUUAUAAAUAUUGUAUUUAUCUUUGAGAAUUUUGUACAUUGCUUUUCCUGCCUUUUGAGUUCUUCUCGUCUGUUCCCCAUUUCUGGUCGUGGCGGUGUGGCUGUCCUGAGGAGCGCAAAGCACAUCAAGCCAGCAGCCACUGUCUCUGCUCUGUUUUGUUCCAACGAACCUGUGUCUUUCCAUUUCAUUUGUACUUCAAACGUUUGUUAUUGUUUUGCCUUUUCAGCCUUUCUUUUUUUAUUUUGUGGAAAAAGAUCAAAUUCAUUGUUUAUUUUUAUAUUAUUUUUUAAGUUAUCUGAACAAAUAAUUUUGAAGAAAAAAAAAGUUUGUUGUAUAGUUGAAGCAUAGCGGUGUGCCCAGUGGUGGCCAAUCCUAGUAGUCCCUGCGUGUGG